AUGGUUGCACAAACUCGCGGCGCAGGCCACUCCUCCCCCGGAAAGCUCAAGUUUUACGACAAGCUUGUCGGGAAGGGCCUUUCGACAGAUACUCUCCUCAAAAAAUUGAGGGCGCUCCACACAGAACUCGCUGAUUUGGAUCAGGAGGUCGUCGACAUCAAUUCUCUCUCUAACGCACGCAAGGAACUCGUUCAUACCUCUAUCUUACUUCAUAAAGACAGAGGCGUCAAAGCCUACGCCGCCUGUUGCCUCUCCGAUCUCUUGCGCUUAUACGCGCCCGACGCCCCGUACACGCAUGACGAGCUGCGCGACAUCUUCCAGUUCUUCUUCCGCCAGCUCUCCGCGGGCCUGAAAGGCCCAGACUCUCCAUACUACAACGAGUAUUUCCACCUUCUGGAGUCGCUUUCGACAGUCAAGAGCGUCGUCCUCGUCUGCGAUCUUCCAAAUGCAGACGAACUCAUGGUCGAAAUAUUCCGCGCCCUAUUCGGCCUUGUUCGACUAGACCUCGCCAAGAAGAUCGAAAUUUUCAUCGCCGAUAUAAUGGUGGCACUGAUUGAUGAGUGCCAGACGCUUCCGGCGGAAGUGUUGGAGACCAUCAUGGCGCAGUUUAUGGACAAAAUCACUGGAAUGGACAAUCCAGCUUACAGAUUAGCUGUCCAAGUCUGUAACGCUACAGCUGACAAACUCCAGCGGCACGUUUGCCAAUACUUUACCGACAUAAUUGUCCAACACUCGCGUGAAGAAGAGUAUGACGAGAUUCGAACUGCACACGAUCUCAUUAAGCGGCUUAACCGCACAUCGCCAACGCUCCUCCACAAUGUCGUUCCCCAGCUUGAAGAAGAACUCCGCGUGGAGGAUGUUCAGUUGCGCACGCUCGCAACACAGGUGCUAGGGGAAAUGCUCGCAGACAAGGGCGGCGCGGAUCUCGUUAGGAAGUAUCCGACGACGUGGCAGGUGUGGUUGCUACGACGGAAUGAUAAGUCCGCGGCAGUGCGAUUGGCGAUGGUAGAGGCUGCGAAAGGCCUCAUCGUCAACCUCGCAGAGCAGAGGCAGAUUGUAGAAGAGUCGCUGGCGACCAAGUUGCUUGAUCCUGAUGAGAAGGUCCGCGCGACGGUGUGCAAGCUGUAUUCUCAAUUAGAUUAUGAGACCGCUCUACACCACGUCUCGAAGACACAGUUACAAUCGAUCGCCGGCCGAGUCUUGGACAAGAAGCACUCUGUUCGUACCGAAGCAUUGAACAGCAUGGGAAAAUUAUAUAGUUUGGCAUACUCAGAGAUUGAGAAUAGCGAGCCUGCUGCAGUUCGACAAUUCUCAUGGAUACCUGAGCGUAUCCUACAUAUGAGCUCAACAACGAUUGAAGUGAAAGCGGCGAUAGAACAGAUCUUCGCUGAAUAUAUUCUCCCCUUCCCGUCUGUCUCCGGCCAGCGAAAUGUUGAAGUUGAUGAAGCGGCAUGGACUGACCGAGUGUUGACGGUCAUGAAAUUCAUGGAUGAGAAAGCAAUCACUACCUUACUGGGUCUCACCGGCAUCAAGAUUCUCCGUCCCUCUGUAUACGAGAGAUUCGUAGAACGAUGCAUAGAAAAUAAUGGUGGCAUCAUCGAUGAGGAUGAAGAUGCGGUUGUCAAAAGACUGGGCGAGACCAUUCGCAAGAUCGCAGGAUCGUUGCCUGAUCCACAGAAAGCCUCUGAUGAUCUGCAUGCCUUCGCCAAGAUGAACGAAGGCAGACUGUACAAGAUGUUAAAGACGUGCAUGGAUACCCAAACCGACCUCAAGACGUUAGUAAAAACUACAAACGAUUUUCUGCGUAGAAUCGAACAAUCGUCAGCCACGAUCCUACCGACAAUGAGUACCCUCCUCCGCCGAUCCAGCCUUCGGUUUAUCAAUCAGUCCUCCUUGCCAACCCUCAUCAAGCGUCUUCAAAAGGGUGACCCGGCGGGUGACGGACACGGCACCAGCCAAGCGCAGCUAUCGGCCAACAAUGCGGAGGUCGUGCUCGUGUACAUUUCUAAGCACUGCCCCGCGUUGUACAAGCCCCACGUUCCAGAACUGACCAAAGCCAUUGCCGACGAGAAGAAUCCGAGACUGGUGGAAGUGUGUCUGCAGGCGUUGGCUGCUGUCGUGAAGUGGGACGAGAAGCUGGCCCCAACUGAUAAGCGCACGACGGAGCGCGUGAUGCGCUAUGCUCUCGAGUCCAAUCACCGACAUGCCAAAUUUUGCGCGCGGCUGCUCGCGAAGCUGAAAAAUAGUGAUGAGAUAUGUGCGGACCUCGUAAACACGAUCUCGGAUAGCCUGCCAGAGGUCGAUGCCGACAAGCGCGUGGCGCACCUGGCUGUCUUGAAAGAGUUUGCACUCAUUGCUCCGGAUGCGUUCGAGCAGAGAAGCGAGGAUAUCAUGGUGUUCCUGGUUAGAAAAGUCCUGACGAGUCCAAGCCCUGCAGAUCCGGAUGAUAUGGACGACGAAACAGAAUGGAUAGAUGACGAUAGCAUAUCAUCAGCUCUUCGUGCCAAGAUCAUGUCGCUGAAAGUUUGUCGCAAUCGAUGCAUGGCACAUGCGUCCUCAGAGACGGCGCUCGAAAUCGCAACUCCCGUUCUUAAGAUGUUCGUCACUUUGCUGGAGCACAAUGGAGCGCUUAGCCCGGAUAACAACGAUGAUCCCAAGGUUAAAGCACGGAUGCGAUUGCAGGCUGCUGAGUCGCUCCUCCAUCUCUCGACUGUCGAGAAAUAUGCAAGGUUCUUGUCAGCCAACUUUGUGUUGUUGGCGUUGAAUAUGCAGGAUUCCUGUUACCAAGUCCGCUUGGAGUUCUUGCAGAAACUCGUCGCUCUAUUGAACCCCCGCAGGCUCCCCGCUCAUUUCAACGUCAUUCCGUUCAUGACUGUGCAUGACCCGGAAGCGGAUGUCAGAAACAUGGCGAAGGCAUAUGUAGCAUAUGCCUUCAAGAAUGCCCCGCCAGCCUUGAAGAUAGAGAAUUUCGAGAUGAUAUUCAUCCGAUUCUUCCACCUCCUGGCUCAUCACCCCGAUUUUGCCAUGACCUCUGAGGUCCUUCCUGACAUGGCCAAAUACAUUGACUUUUACUUGGAACUGAUUGCCUCAUCCGACAAUAUCUCUCUCUUAUAUCACCUUGCUGGGAAGACGAAAACCGUCAGGGACUCGCAAUCUCACGCUUAUAGCGAGAAUAUAUACGCUUUAAGUGAAUUGGCGCAACACCUCAUCAAAGUCCGCGCUCAUCUCCACUCGUGGCCCCUGCAAAGCUAUCCAGGCAAGAUCAAAUUGUACUCGGAUAUUUUACGCCCAUUGCCCAGCGCAGAUGCUGUGAACCAAAUAUUGAAGCACGUGUAUCUUCCAGAGGAGACUUUGGAAUGGCUGAAGGAACAAGCGAGAUCUGCUAAAGCGGAGAAGGCCAAGGUCGGGCGCAAACCGACAGGUAAACGCAAGGCAACGGCACCGCGUGCCAAUGGUCACGCAAAGCGACCAAGGGUCAGCAAUCGAAAGCGAUACGAGGAGGAUGAUGAGGAGGACGAUGAUGAAGACGAGGAUGAGUCCUCCCCUCCCGAGUCAAGCGCUGAUGAAGGCGAAGGGUCUGUCGGUGAAGCGAAAUCCAACUCAAGCUCUGAGGAGAAUAACGAAGAACAAGUCGGUGAAAAACGGCUGGGUCGAGGAGCGCGUACUAGAGCCAUGGCCAAGAUCAAGCAGCAGAUAUCUCGAAAGACGGCUAAGAAGAAAGCGUAG